AUGGUUGCGCGCGGCUGUUGGGGGCCCCUGCGUGACCCCGCCGUGCAUGCGACACUUUGUUUGUCGCCGUCUUGCCCAACAGAGGACGACGCGAAACUGCGGCCGAGUCCAGGGGUCGAGUGUGGAUCCCUGGCGAGCCGGGGAGGCGGCGGCGGCGACUACAGUGGAGCGAUUGUGCGGCGGAGAGGAGGAACCGCAGCCGGUUCCCAGAACGAGCAACGCGCGACUUCUCCCCUCGAGCUGCCAAACGGCGCUCGGAGCCAAGAGCGACGCCUCUCCACCACCGCCGCCGCCGCCUUCAUUCCGCGCCGCUCGCAGACCCCACCAGCGGACCGGCCGACCAUGAGGGCGGGCGCGCCGCCUCUGCUCGCAGCGAUGUUGGCGUGGGCGGCCGCGGGGGCGACCGCGGCGGUGGCGGCGGCCAAGGAGGGCCCCGACUGGGGAGUCGCGGGGCUACCGCCGCUGUGGCCUUCCGUGCCGGAGCUGUGGCGCGAGGGGCCGGCGUCGACGCCGCAGGUCGAGCUGGACCCCUGGAGCUACCUGCACCGCAUGGCCAUGUACAAGGCUCUGCUCGCUCGCACCGCGCCCCGCAUGGAGGCGCUGGGGCCCAACAACACGGGGAACCUGCUGUGGGGCCUCGCCAUGCAGCACGGCUGGCAGAUGGCUUCAGGCCGCCUGGAGGAACCCCUGAACGCCACCGUCCCCUGCAACCGCACGGGGGGCCUAGGUCCCUGCAUCUCCCCGCGCAGCUGGUGGGGAAGUAUGAACUAUUACCUAUCCGUGCUUCCCUACCUCGCUGCGGCGGACGCCGGCCUCUUUGGGGAGGGGCGAGCGGCGCGGCUCAGGGUGGCCCAAGCGAGCGAGUGGCCCGAGGAAUACUGCACCAGCGCAGCCUCCUGCUCCCUGGCUGCCCCGGCUGCCAUGGCCGCCUGGAAGGACUUCUUUGAGUACGUGAACAGAUCCGACAAGGCCGACCGGACCAACGCGAAGGAGGAGGAGAUGCUGCGCUAUCUCUGGAGCGCCCACCAGGCAUCGCUGGAGGAAGCUCUCCCACGGUUUUCCUCAAGGCUGGCCUUCCUGCCAGGACCGGAGGCCACGUUUGGCCAGGACUGGGCCGCCAUGGUGGUGUUCGUGGCAGCACUGCAAUUCCCGACAAACCAGGAGGCGACUCGCCGCUUUCAGAUGCUGCUGCCCCCCCGGGUCCUCCGAGUCGGUGACUCUCCCCCCGAUGUGGCUGACCUCAGCCCCCAGGCCAACCGGGCCCUGCAGGCCUUCAGUCGACUUCGGUGGGCGAACGACCUUGUCGGUGGCCUCUUGGACAAGAUGUUUCGUGACGUCGUGUGCAGGAAGGAGGACCGCCAGGAGGUCCUCGAAGCUGUGGAGAAACUCCUGGCUGACGACGAAGUCCACGCACUGCCGGGUCUGGUGCUGAGCGUGGCAAGCAGCGCCGUGUUUUCGGCUCUGCGCGGCCACCACGCGCCUUGCUCUCCCGCGCGACCUCGCCCAUAGAGUCGGACGAUUUACUCCGAAGAGAGGAGGAAAUUCGAAAAUGUUGAAGCACGUGCCCGCUCUGUAUAGUGCGGACAUUAAUCGAAGCGAAUUAUAAACGCCGCUAAGCUGAACCUGUCCUUAAGUAGCACAUUUUCUUAAAUCAGAAUGCACAAUUACAACCUCUCACCCACCAUGUGUCCAUUCACGUCUCUUUAAGAAAUGAUUCGUGAUAAAGGAUUAUAGACAUCUAGUAACCUAAACUCUGUCCACUCAGCAGUAUGAGCACACCACACGUUGACCGGCAGGUCACGGGUAGUGGAAGAGUAGGCCAACCUACCCUCUGGAGCGUCUCUUCUAGAGCUUCCUAUAUUGGAGGGCCUUCUCACAGGAGUGGCGUGGGCAAUUCAUUUCAGGGCUGCACCUUUACGAGUGUCUCUCAUAAACAUUGAUUCACGAAUAAUUAAUGAGUAAUAAAAGAUCAUACACAUUGUCACGUAA